AGUCGAUUGGCAUGGAAAGUAUGCUCACUUCCCAUGAUCAUGCCUGCUAACAACGCCCUGACACCGCAUGUAUUCCUUUCUCGCCUUGGCAGGCAGUAACAUGGAUUUUUAUUGAUAUCCAGCUAAAUCUAAUUUAUUCACGCCGGGAAAUACUGCAAUAUCUGAUGCUCGCUGGAUCGAGUCGCAAUACCAGUCUCUCUAGGGUCGUCGUAUGCAGCUGUUCUCGACAGGAGUCUAUCUCGGAGAUGAUGCGCUCGAUGUCUGUUGCUGUCUCAUAAUCAUAGCAGACAUAAAUACACUGUACUGGUUGUGGUCCGGCCCAUUUUUCUUCCUGGUACUAAAGAUCGCCGUAAUGUGGAAGGGCGCUCAAGACGAUUUUAGCAUCAUUGGGGCCGUCUUGCGGUUGGGUAAGAGCCUCGAUUUCUCAUGUCAAUAUCCUAUAAAACAAACAGUUCAGUUCCUGAAGCACUUUAGUUUACCUCGCGGUAUAUUUGAACCGGGCUGUCAGUUCUAGUAGUAGAAUUGAAGUUGACUCAGUUGAACUGAAGUUUAGUAGAUAGUCUGUCUAGAGUGAAGAAGUAGCGUAAAAAUACGGUAAAUUUAAG